AGGUUUUGUAUUCAAGUCUAUGUCAUUGCUUUAUCUAAGGCAGUUGAAAUGUGCAUACAAUAUCUUAGUUUUUGUUUUUUCUUCUUUGGCUGCUUAGAGAUUAUGGGUCACCAGCCUGGUUUUUAAUGGUAUAGCAAAAGUUUGCAUCUUUUUGUAAGCUGUGAAAUAAAUAUCAGAUUAUCUUUGGCUGCUGCACGCCUAUUGCAGAAAACACCACGAGUAUUUUCCAGAUCUUUCAUCAGUAACUCCAUGAAAUAAUCUUUCGGCACCCCUCCAUGGCAUAGAAGGGCAAUUAAAUUCCUCGAAAAUUUUGUAUUCCUAGGCUUUGUACUGAAAAAUGAAAACGUCAACUUAAAAACUACGUCUUCAUUUAUUUGCUCUGCAUCUUAAAUUCUCAACUGUAGGGGGAGCAAUAUAAAUUAGGCAAACAUACAUUCUACAUAAUGGGUGUACCUUACUCCAACUAUCUCCAACGAAUUCACUGUUUGACCAUCCAGCAUCUGUCUAUUUGUCUCAACAUUGGACAUGGAAUGCUGUCAGACUAAGAGAAAUGCCCUGCCCAUCGGGGCAAUCCAUCUCUCGACAUUCCAGUUGCGUUUCCCAGAAAACAUUGAGGAUUCAAUUGGUUCACAGUCAUCUGCUUCCCUCCACAGAUCUUCUUCACAGCAUAACAUCUGCCUUCGUCUCACUCUCACUACUCAGGGCACCAUUGGAGGAUUAUAACUUCAGCUUUCUCUCAUAUAAGCAUGAAAGCCGUGUCGAAGCUGGUAAAAAACGAUUCCUCAGUGCAUCAGGGUAUGUGGCUGUGAGCCCACAUCAGAGGCCGGUUCGACAUUCCGUUGUUUGUGAGGUUGCCACGAAGAAGCCUGACUCUGCCGUGAAGAGAGAUCGGCAGGCCGAAAAGAGGAGGAUUUACAACAAAUCCCAGAAAUCUGAAAUCAAAACCCGGAUGAAGUAGGUACUUCUC